AUGGCCAGUAAAGACAACAAUGAUGCAGAAAGACCUCUGCUUUCUGAUGCAACCCUCCAAAGAAGGGCAAGAUCUAUCCAACCCAUCAACCAAAAAUCUGAUCACAGCCCCAUCAUCGAAAAAAAGUCCGAUCACAACCCACAACAACAAGAAUCAAAUGGGAACCAAAACCAAUGGCUAGACUCAUUGCUUGGAAUCCAAUCCCUCAAAUUCAACCUUGUCUUCAUUCUUCUGAUCCUCUACCUAGGCCUGGGAACCCUCACUUUCUCCUUAAUCAUGAACCAAAUCGAUGGCAAGCAAACAAAUCCAGUCCUAGAUGCCUUAUACUUCUGUGUUGUCACGAUGACAACCGUGGGAUAUGGUGAUUUAGUCCCUCGCACCUUCCUAGCAAAGCUCCUCGCCUCCAUCUAUGCCUUCACUGGAAUGGCCAUGGUUGGCAUUGUUCUAAGCAAGGCAGCUGAUUACCUCAUGGAGAAGCAAGAGACUGUUCUAGCCAAGGCAUUCCAUUCACGAACGGGAGCCCACGAAAUCAUGAAGGAGGUGGAAGCACAUAAACACGAGUACAAAGCUCUGUUUGCAGCUGCAAUCAUGAUAGUGCUAAUGGUUUUUGGCACCAUAAUGUUGUGUUCUGUCGAAGGCAUGGAUGUCGUUGACGCGAUCUAUUGCGUGUGUUCCACGGUGACUACGCUAGGCUAUGGCGAUCGGAGCUUCUCGACGUGGGGAGGGAGGUUGUUUGCUGUGGUGUGGAUACUCAGCAGCACCAUUUGCUUGGCUCAGUUGUUUCUGUAUGUGGCAGAGUGGUAUACUGAUAAGAGGAAGAGGUUGCUUGUGGAGUGGGUUAUUGCGAGGAACGUGACAUCCUCGGAUCUCGAGGCUGCUGACAUUGAUCACGACGACGUUGUUAGUACUUCUGAGUUCAUUGUUUUCACUUUGAAGGAGAUGGGGAGGAUUGAUGAUGGUGAUAUUGCUCUGGCUAUGGAGAGGCUCAAAAGGGUUGAUGUCGAUCGUUCUGGUACCUUGACCAAAGCUGAUUUGGUCACAUCUUCCGUUGCACGAUAA